CAGAAACACGACUACAAACUUCUCUGGCUAGAAUUCGAGGUCUCGAUCGAGGAUCGAGAAUACUGGCAAUUGUACAAAGUGGAUGACUCGGAGAAAGAACUCCUGUUCCGCUUUGCGUCGAAAAUGCGAACGAUUCUAGGGUUUCACGACAGCCUGUACGACAUCAAUGCUCCUGGCGACGCGGACAGAAUGUAUCCUGUAAAGAAGAACAUGUUCUCCAAAUUGCACGAUCUGGAGAACCUUUCUCA